CACAGCCCUGGGUCGACACCGGCAGCUCGUAUUGACAUCCUCUGCAGUUCGUCAUGGAUGUUAUCGAUCCCAUCCUGUCCAUCGCCUCAUCCAUCUACAGCCUCUGUGAGCAGGUGAAGGCCAACAAGAAAUCCUGCCACAGCAUCGCCCAGCGGGUCCACGCCCUGCAGGAUGUGGUGGAGGCCAUCAGGCGGAGUGAGUCGGCCCAGGCCUGCCCCGUUGUGGGCAAAUCUCUGCGUGAGCUGCACAUCACACUGAUCUCAGCGCAGGAUCUGAUCAAGAAAUACACCUCAGACAAGUUCUUGAUGCGCAUGCUGAAGACCUUCCGCCACAGAGAUGACUUUGCCGAGGUGAACUGCCGCCUCACCGACAAUUUCCAGGUUUUAUGCGGCGCUCUGCAGGUUGACCAGCGCAACAAGCUGGGCCAAGUGUUUGAUGAGGUGUCCCGAAAGGCGCAGGAUGAGGUGGACAGGAAGCAGGAUGACGAAGAGCUGAAGAAAUUGUUACUGGGCUGCAUAGACCAAAUGGAGAAGAUCGUGGAAAACAUAAACAAGCCCAGUAUCACUAGUUGCGGCAUCCGAGAGAUAAAACUGGAUGAGCUGGAAUUCAGCUUCCCCAAGAAGCCCUUCUUCACAACGUCCACCUCAGAGGUCUACAAGGGAAAGUACUGCGGCUUCACUGUGGCCAUCAAAAAAUACACUGAGCCACUGAGCCACACACCAAGUGAGGUGCGGAGUGUUUUCUGGAGUGAAGUUGAAACAAUGAGACGCUUUGAGUCGCCCAAUAUCCUGCGAAUGUUCGGCAUCUGCGUGCGGGAGGAUAAAGGACCAAACCCACAGUUCCUCCUCAUCAUGGAGUACUGUGAGAAGGGAAGCCUCAGACAGGUUCUGGACUCGGGAUGCCAGCUGUCCUGGAGCACGAAAGCUUGUAUGUGUCUGGAUGCUGCGCAAGGACUCUACAGACUGCACCAUACAGAGGAAAAAUCUAAGGUUCAUGGAUGCAUCAACAGCAGCAAGUUCCUGGUGGCUGAAGGCUACAGAGUGAAGCUGGGUGGUUUAGAACUGGCCAAAACAGAGACAUCGCUGAAGAAGAAGAAGCCAGUGAAAAACAAGAUCAGCUCACUGUGCUACAUCUCUCCUCAGCAACUUAAUGACAUCAACUACAGCUAUGACAAGCAGUGUGAGAUGUACAGUUUUGGAAUCGUCCUGUGGGAAAUUGCAACGUGUAAGAAACCUUUUGAAGGUUGUUCACCUUUACAGAUCUACCAGAAAGUAUAUGAACAGCGACUUCAAGAGGAGAUUCCUGGCUGUCCUGCAGACCUGGAAGAACUGAUCAACGCCUGCCGUGCCUUCGAAAGCUUUGAAAGGCCAUCUGCUGGAGUGCUGGUGGAUAAACUGCGCAGCGUGGUGGAGAAGUUAGUCGAGAAAUAAAACACUUCUUCCAGCUUAUGUGUCAGCGGUACAUCAUGCUUCUGGUUGGCGGUUUUAAUGAAAACUACUGUUGUGACCUGUUUGUUGAAAAAAAAAAAUUUGAAUUCAAAAAUGUUUACAACAUUAAAAGCCAUGAUCAAAAGCUAUAGACUCAGAUUUGUGCCAAAAACAUCAAACAUAACUUCCUCACUAUCAAGCAAAAA